GCCAAAAUGGCGUCUUGCUGACAGUUCUGGCACUGCGGUCCCGUGCACCGGCUUGGAGCUCACUGGGGGAGGCUGGGAGAGCGCGUGACAGCCCGGGUAUCGUUACUGAGUGCUCGUUGCGGAGGGCACGGGGAGAGAGCGGGCCUGGCAGCGCUGUUUUAGGGCGGUGGGGUGAUGGUUGUUGGUUACCGGGUGAUGGUGAGAGGCGGAGGGUGAGGGAGCGGCCCUGGGGCUGCUGAGGAGGACACCAUGGGAUCGGCGCCUGCGGCUGGGGACUCCGCUCAGUGGCUGUCUGUCAAGGAGGAGACCAUCUUCUUACAUGAUGGCUUGAUCCGGGUCACGGACCUGGCCGAGUUACCGAGCGAAAUCGGGGUGACCGACGCCGGAGACACGGAUCUGGAGAUUUUGACAUUCGAGACUAAGAACCCUACAGAGCUAGCUGAGCGUUUGCGAGCUGUAUGUGGAAACCAGAGCAAUGCUUAUGCUCGUUUGCUUGAAUAUCGUCUGAAUGCCCUGCGAGGAUUGUGGAAUGCACAACGCCAAUUGGCUCUUGAAGAGCAACAUGAGCGAGAUGGGUCUGAUGAAGAAACCAUAUCCUUGCUCAAACGGCAGGGUCUGCUACAACAGCCAGAACAAGCUCCAUUUACAUCGCGCAUGGGGCUUUUGCUGGUAUUCCCCCUCAUUCAAUCUCAAAGCAAAACAGAUCCCUCUCUUUGUAACAUAACUGCUGAGGUGCUAUUGAAUUGCCUUAGGGAUUGCCAGCCUUUAAGCUUGACUAAAGAACCAGCUGACUGUUUAAAUGGAAUAGAGUCUUUGCUCUGCUCUUGGCUGGAAGACACCUCAAAUUUGGGCCAACAAAUCUCAUUCAAACAAAAAGAAAAUUCUGCUGCUGCCCUCGUUGCUUUGGCAUGUGCCAGGGGAUCACUGAAAACAUUUGUUCACACUGUACACUUGCUUCAGAAACAGACUGAUUUAGGAUCGUUGCCUGUGGCAGAUGUAUUGUAUAGAUUGCUGCUUCUGGAAGGAGGGCCAGGAUCUCCCUCUUGUUUACUGGGAAGCAAACACAUUGUAUCCUGGGGUUUUGAGGAUAUGCUUCCAGCUCCUGAUGGCACUAGCGGUGCAAACAAUGAGAAUAAAGAUGCAGACUUGGGCCGCUGCCUAGCAUCAGAUGGGCUUUACUUGUACACAACUAACUCUGUGGGAAGAGGACUGAGCAAACUCGGAUCUGGUCUGCACGGCACAUUACGAGGCUUUGUCUACUGUCGAAACGAGGAGUUAGAAUCUGGCUGGAUUGCAUAUGGAUGUGGAAAACUGCUUCACAGACCAGCAUCCUUCGAUAACAAGCCUCAUUUUAUCUUCCAGAUAAUUGACCAACACACACUUCAGAUCUCUCAGAUUGUCACAAUGCCAGCCAAUCAUUUUCCUGUUGGGAGCAAUAUGACUACUGUACACAUGUCUUCUGAUGGCACUUAUUUUUACUGGAUUUGGUCUCCUGCAAGCCUGAAUGAGAAGACGCCAAAAGGCCACUCCGUAUUCAUGGACAUUUUUGACCUGAAUGUAGAAAACGGUGUGUGCAUGGCCAACCCUCUCCAUGAACGGAUCAUAUUAAUGAGGAAAGAGGGGGAAUCGGCAAAAAGUAUUAAUGAAAUGCUGCUGAGCAGAUUAUCCAGAUACAGAGCUUCACCGUCUGCAACGCUGGCUGCUCUUACUGGAUCUACAAUCUCAAACACACUGAAAGAAGACCAGACCGCUGCGAAUACAAGCUGUGGCCUGCCUUUGAAAGUUUUAAGAAAAACUCCAAUGUAUACCUGUGGAACAUACUUGGUACUUCUUGUACCUCCUCCUGGAGGAUCGGGGAGCUCAGCAACAAGAUCUCUCUUUGGUGGAACGAGUGGUUUAUCAUCUCUGAAAAUUCUUGCUUCCAGUCUGGUCUUUAAUAUUUCUGAUGGGCAGUUCACAAACAGAGUUGAUCUUAUAGAUGCUGCAGGAAGCUCUCUCGGCCGUGGUGCACUAGUGACAGGACUUGGUGCUUGUUAUGACACUAUGAAUAAUAUGAUCUGGACAUGCUCCAAUGAUUAUAUAGAUCAGUGGUGUAAUCCAGGCAACCAAGCUUUCCAUGUGGUAUGUCAGAGACUUGGUGUCACUCACAUAAUUGCUGAUCCCAAAGGUGAAGCUGUGACAACAAGUGAAGUUAUUAAUCAACUCCUUCACCAUGUUGGUGCCAUGUGCAUUCACCAGCUGAAUCUCCUGUCCACCAGCAAUAGCUUGCCAAUCACAAGCUUUUUAGGCAAACAACAUCCAAUUGAAUCUCAUCAUCUGAGCAGCAUAUGUGACAUUAUGGAGAAGGCAAUGGUCAUUGGGGAUAAAUGCAUUAUCCGCUGUAUUCUAGUGGUAUUUCAGGUGGUAUUCAAAUUCUUUCUGAAUCCUCAAACAGAAAGAAAUCGAGAGACCAUUCGGAGAGCUGGGGUGUUACUAUGGCAGCUUCUAAUGGCACCUAAGGACCAAAUAUGUCCUGAAAUUCAAAAAGAAGUCUGUCUCGCUAUUAGCUAUGGUUUAAACAUUUUGAACCCAGGAGAGCAAGGCAUCAAUAACUUGCUCAAGCUUGUAUUAACAGAAGGUGACAGAAAUUGUGGACUUUCCCAGCUCAGAGAUGUAAUUUUGACAAACCUGACUGAACAGCUUCAAAACAACAGAUUUGGAAGUGACGAGGAUGAACAUUACAGGCUAAAUGAUGAGCUAUUGCACUAUAUUUUGAAGAUUGUUGUUCGUGAGUCAUGUGUUUUGAUCACCAAGUGCCAAACAGUGUCUAAAGAAGAUUUCCAAAGACUCUUAUCAACAGUGCCUGUUGCCUCUCCAUGCCUGCGUUAUUUGAUGGCAGUACAGAAUCACCUCCUUAGUAACACUGUCUUAAUCAAACCUGAUGACAAUGAUGACAGUGACGACUCCCUGCAGGGGGAGACAUUGAAGGUACAGGAAUUACAGGCCAGCAUUUUAGGCCUCGCAAUACAAAUACUGACUGGGUGUGAUGAAGUCUUGGAAAUGUUACAGCGUGUGACAACUGCUCUCCUCAACAGUGACAUUCCAGACAGAGAUAUCAGAUUGAAAGGACUGGAACAGAUUACCAAAUCAACCAUGCUUGGCCAUCUUCUUCCAGUUCUUCUCACGUCCCUCAUGCAUCCUAAUCUUCAGACUUUGACCAUGGCAGAUGCUCUAAUGCCUCAACUGGUACAGCUAGUGCUGUACACGAGUCAGACUGCCCUGCUACUUAAAACCCAAUGUGCAGUUUUGACAGAUGUCGGGAUCUCCCCCAGUGGAAUUCCAGAGCAGAAGAGCAAACUUUUUCCAGAUGACAGUUGUAGAAUACUGGAAGAGAAGGAGGAGCCUGGUUUCUUGACAGGCCUGAAGAUUCCUGCACCUUGGGCUGCAGGAAAGACUGUAGAGACAGCUCAUCCAGUGAGAGACAAUUACAAAUUCAAAGAGACAGUGCACAUACCUGGAGCGCGUUGCCUUUACCUCCGAUUCGAUAGCAGGUGUUCUUCACAGUAUGAUUAUGAUAAGCUUGUCAUAUAUGCCGGUCCAAAUACAAACAGUCGGAAGGUUGCUGAAUACGGUGGAAAUACAUUGGGAUAUGGAAGCAGAAGUGUAUUGGGAACAGGCUGGCCAAAAGACUUGGUCAAGGUAGAAGGUGACACUGUAACAUUUUCCUUUGAAAUGAGAAGUGGCCGCGAGCACAACACUCCAGAUAAAGCAAUGUGGGGCUUCUCUUGCACAGUGAGAGCUCAGGAGUCCUCCGAAGAUGUGUCUGGAGGAUUACCAUUUCUAGUGGAUUUGGCCUUGGGUUUGUCUGUUUUGGCCUGUUCUAUGCUACGCAUCUUGUACAAUGGUCCAGAAAUUACCAGAGAAGAGCUGACGUGUCAUGAUCUUUUGAGGUCAAAACUUUUACAGAGAUGUCAGUGGCAAGUGGAAGCUAAUGGUGCAUUGUCCCCUGCACUUACUCCAAGUCCAUCACCACUGCCUCUUACAAUAGAUGAAGAUCGGGAAUUCACAUACCCUUCAGAUAUCUUGUUACCACCAGUAGGGAAUUAUUUUGAGCUGCCGAGAAUCAGACUGCCUCCGGGGAUUAUGAUCAAGCUGAGGGAGAUUUCUGGAAGGGCUCGACCUCAGUUCAGACCAAGCAUCAAAGAGGUGAUCCAACCUGAUGUGAUGGAAGAAAUGGUAGUGUCAUGUGUUAUUAAGCACUUGAACUUAGUUGAUGCGCUGCAGUCUUUGAUAAACUACCAAUAUCGAGAGGAACAUCUCGAAGAAUAUGACCUAUUGUGUAAAAUUAUGGGUGAAACUUUCAAGAAAUUGAAUGCAAUGGAAAGACAGUUGCAGAGUGUUGCAGAAUUAGAGCAGAAAUGGCAAAGUGAAGUGGAAGAUGCUAUCAACGGAAAACUGGAGAACAACGCGCCAUUCUUCUAUGACUAUCACUUUAAUGAGAACAAAAUAAAAGAACUGGAGCUCUUAUGUUCCAUGAAAGAAAUCUUGUUUGAUGGAAGCGAUCCUGAAAAUAUGGUUUUAUCUCUGAGGGAAAAAUUCUUCCAAGAGGUUAACUCACUGGUUCAAAAGUCAUCCCAUCCCAUGGCAAAAACAAAAACGUUGGUGAAGAGUUUGAUGAACCGAGCUGAGCUUCUGCUGCACGUCACAAUUGCGGCACAGUCAGGAAUUACAAGGAGUAUAUCCAGUACACCAACUGAACCGCCAGCUUGUAAAUCCGUGUCAGAGGCCAAGGCAAUUUCUCAAGCCAUGCGCCAGCCAGUGUUCCUUCGCAGCAUGUCAGCCCCAUCAGACCUAGAGAUGAUAGGCAGCAAUGACCUGGAGUUUAACAGGUCGAACCCAAGGAGGAGAAAUGUCACCAGCCACAGGAGUAGCUCUUUCACAUUGCUGCAGUCUUUAGCUAUUGAGGAUAGCCGAGAUAAACCAACAUACAGUGUCCUUCUAGGGCAGCUGUUUGCUUUCAUUGGCACUAAUCCUGACCAGGCAGUGUCUAGUAGUGGCUUCCUUCUUGCUGCUCAAACAAGAUGGCGCCGUGGAAAUACUCGGAAACAGGCCUUGGUGCACAUGAGAGAGCUACUGACAGCUGCUGUACGAGUUGGAGGAGUAACACAUCUUGUUGGGCCAGUUACCAUGGUUCUUCAAGGAGGACCAAGGAUUGAAGAGCUGACAUGUGGAGGAAUGGUGGAGCAAGUUCAGGAGGCUUUUGGGGAGACAAUGACCUCUGUGGUAUCCCUCUGUGCCCGCUAUCCUAUUGCCUGCGCAAACAGCAUAGGCCUUUUGUGCACCAUACCUUACACGAGGAGUGAAGAAAAGUGUUUGGUACGCAGUGGGCUGGUUCAGCUCAUGGACAGGCUCUGUAGUUUGAGUAACCAAACUGAGUCCAGCUCCAGUGAGAAGCAGACCAAGAAGCAGAAGGUGGCGACGAUGGCAUGGGCUGCUUUCCAAGUUCUGGCAAACAGAUGUGUUGAAUGGGAGAAGGAAGAAGGUGGUUCUACCGAGGCUGUCCAUUCUGGUCUAGCUCGACAGGUGUCCACCCUACUCACCAACCAUCUGGCACGAGCCACAGAAUGUUGUGGGAACCAAGCCGCUGGAAAUGAUGCCCUGCAAGAUGUCCUCAGUCUUCUGAAUGACCUUUCCAGGAGUCAAAUUGGAAAGGCAAUUCUCAGCCAACCAGCCUGUGUCUCCAAGCUUCUUUCACUCCUGCUGGACCAAAGACCCUCCCCAAAACUUGUCCUAAUUAUUCUCCAGCUGUGUCGUGCUGCCCUGCCACUCAUGAGUGUGGAAGACUGCGGCAAUGUAGAGCUUCCACCUUGGAGUUAUUCUGUACCAUCUCUUGACAAUGAGCAGGAAGAUCCCAGCGAUCCAGCAUCUAAGAUCGCUUCCUUGUUGCUGGCAAAGCUUGCUGAUUAUGUGGUUCCAGGAUGCCAGACAGUUCUUUCUCCCACUGCCACUGAGCCAGACAGCGGGUUGUCAAAAAACAGUCCAAAGAGUUCUCAGAAGGGGGAGAAGGACACAGGGGAAGAAAGUGAAGCCGUAGAUGGCAAAUUGUCUAUUUUUAUCCAUAAACGGGAAGAUCAGUCAUCCCAUGAAGUCCUCCAGCCAUUGCUGAGUAGUUCAGAGGGACGACCAUUUCGUCUUGGAACUGGAGCAAACAUGGAAAAAGUGGUCAAGAUGGACCGUGACAUGACUAAAAGUGGGUGCUGUGAAGUGAUCACAGAGGAGUCUGCAGCAGCUCUCCGAAAAGCAACUAAAUGGGCUCAAUCAGGUUUAAUUGUUAGCAUCGGGCCACCUGUAGAAAUAGUAACUCCAGAAGCAGCAAGUGGCCUUUCCACCGGAGACAAAAAGAAAACUGCACAAACAUCUAUCUGCAGAGAGAGGAAUUCAGAUCUUGCCAGAACGGACCCUGUGCGCCCUUUUAUCAGUGGCCAUGUAGCAAAUAGCAUGGCUGCAGAAGUAAUUGCCCUGCUGCACAGUUUGCUGAUGGCACCAGAGUCUAAUGCUGCCCAGAUAUGGACAACCACAGCGGAAAAGGUUCUUUCUCGUGCCCUGAUGUACAUCCCACAGCUGGGUAAAUAUGCAGAGAGCAUACUGGAAAAUGGAAGUGGCAAUGGCAGGAAGUUGGCCAAACUGCAAGGCAUUGCAAGACAGGCAGUUGCUGCAUUAUGUGCCCUGGGGGGCUUCAAGGAGAACAUUAAAAUUGGUUCUGAAGUUCAGGUAUUGGGUAGAGGCAUAUCAGGAAGCAUUGGAUUGGUUGUUUCUAUUAAUGAACAAGAAGGUAUUGCUACAGUGAAAUUUCCAUCUAUGGACUUUAGAAAAUCUUCAAAAGCGUCUGACACAUUGACUAUUCCAUUGUUUAGGCUCUAUGUUCCCAGAUCAGAGGCAUUGCCUCUUCAUAAACUGUCCAUUACGGAGAAGGUAGUACAGGCAGUCCAGUCCAUGUUACUUCCCCAGGAAGGAUGUCUCUCUAUUCACACCUCACUUCCUGCAACAGGGGACGCCUCAACGCCAGUAAUGGCAGUGGUUCGACUUCUUGCUGAGAUCAGAACAAGAUCUUGCUUGGUUAUGGCCCAGCUGCUGGAGGACAGUUCAUUCUGUGAAGAGUUUAUACAGCAAUGCCCGGCUGCAGUAGAAGUGUUAAAUUUAGUUGCACAGGAAUGCAGUCCUGGAGAACGCCUCUCUGUGGUGGAGGUACAGUGUGAAAGGCUGAGGAUGUUGUACCGGGACUGUGCGCGUCCUCCACCCCCACCUCUCCAUACGGAGCGUAGGCAGCCCAAGGAGAUUACCUGGAGUCCUUCCCGGGUCUUCCCUCCAGUGAGAGCCUGUAUGUUUUCAUCACAUCUAACAGCUGUAACGUUUUUGGCUGAUCCCAGUGCUGGUGGCGGUCUGCCACGUGGAACGUUUAUCUAUGCAACUUCUCCUGUGCCUGUCCAAGCACCAUCAUUUUAUUGGGAGAUUGAAAUUGUUUCCUAUGGAGACACAGAUGAUGAUACUGGUCCUAUUGUGUCAUUUGGAUUUGCAACAGAGGCAGAAAAGCGAGAUGGAGCAUGGACAAAUCCUGUUGGUACUUGUCUGUUUCACAAUAAUGGGAGAGCUGUUCAUUACAAUGGAUCCAGUCUGUUACAGUGGAAGAGUGUGCGCCUAGAUGUGGCCCUUUCUCCUGGGGAUGUUGCUGGCAUAGGAUGGGAGAGAAUGGAAGGUACACCUCCACCACCAGGUCAGCCAGCCAAAGGCAGAGUUUACUUCACCUAUGGUGGACAAAGGCUUGGUCCUUUCUUGGAAGAUGUUUCUGGAGGGAUGUGGCCAGUUGUACAUAUCCAGAAAAAAAACACAAAAAUACGUGCUAAUUUUGGAUCACGCCAGUUUGCAUUUGCUGAAGGUCAGGCCCAUCGCAAUGCUGCUGAUUUGUGUAUUGAUUUGGCUGAAGAGAUUAGUGCAAACUUUGAAGCCCUGCCAUUUGCUAUGGCAUCUGAUAGUGACAAUGAUGCUGGAACCAGUAUAGCGUCUGACCCUGGCAAUCACGGACCCCCUUGCCGCAUUGCUGCAGUUUCCUCCAUGCAACAACAAUAUGACAGUGAUGCCGCCUGCCAUUACAAGGUAGAGCUCAGCUAUGAAAAUUUCAUAACUUCUGGUCCAGAUCCUCACCCUCCACCUAUUGCAGAUGACGAGAGUGAUGAUGAUGACGACGACGAUAUUCCACGGGAGGAUCAUUAUGCGUUGUUGGUGAAAGCUUGGGAAACAAAGGUCUUUCCAACCAUCAGGAGGCGAUUUCGCAAUGAAGCUGAGAGAAAGUCUGGGCUGGACCAAAUUAAGGGAGCCCUGCAGUUGGGCAUGGUGGAUAUAGCACGGCAGACUGUGGAGUUCCUGUAUGAGGAAAAUGGCGGCAUCCCAAGAGAUCUUUAUCUUCCAACUAUUGAGGACAUUAAAGACGAAGCAAAUAAAUUCACAAUUGACAAAGUUCGCAAAGGUAUUACAGUAGUUGUUCGUUCUCCAGACAGCAACAAUGUUGCCAGCACUGCUGUGGGAACGGCUUUGCCUAAAUUUGCUAUCCGUGGGAUGCUAAAGACAUUUUCUCUGCAUGGUGUUGUGCUGGAUGUGGAUUCGGUGAAUGAGUUGGUCCAGGUGGAGACUUACUUGAGAAGUGAAGGAGUGUUGGUGAGAUACUGGUAUCCCAUAGAUAUGCUUGAGAGACCCCCUGCUGGAUACAGAAGAAUGGCAACUAAUGGACUGGUCACCCUGGACAGCACAAACAUUCAGAUUCACAAGGAGUUAUUGCGUUGUGAAUCGGCUCUUGCCAGGCUGUACUGCCGUGUUGCUUUACUCAAUAUCUUUGCUCCAAAGUCGCCGCACACUUUUACUCGCCUGUUCCACAUACCUGCCAUCCGUGACAUCACCUUGGAGCAUCUCCAGCUGCUUUCUAAUCAGCUUCUGGCACCACCCCUCCCUGAUGGUACCAUCAGUUCGAGCUCCAUUCUCAUUGCGCAGUCUCUGCAGCAUUGCAUCAAUUCUCAGAACUGCUCCUCAACCGACCUUUUCUACCAAGGCAACUCUCAGUCCAUAAGAGAAUGGCUCAGUGUGGCAAUCACUAGAGCUCUUCAUCAAGGGGAAGAUAGUCUCUUAGAGCUAACAAAACAAAUAUGCUCUUUCCUUCAGCAUUCUCCAGAGCAAUUUCCAUGUGAAGAGUUCCCCAUCACAGACUCCAAGCUUAGCAUGGAUAUAACGUUUCCAGGUGCAGCCUUCGUGGUGGUGUCCUGUAAAGAAGGCCAGUCUGGAUUCCGCAAGGACUCUUCUUUAUAUAAGGCUCCUUGGGCACGUGUUAUGGUCUAUGGUCUUGGCCAUAAAGUGAAGAAGAAUGGGCAGCUGAACCUUAUAGAAUCGGUGUGUUAUCCACGGGAUGCUUCCCCCAGUAACACAGGCCUAACUCCUCCUCCAAUCACCAACCAGUAUCCAACAGCCAUCAUUCCUACCGACAAGAUCCACAUCAAGUUAGGUGUGUCUCCUGCUCCUGGAGCAGUACUGGUCAUCCACUCCCUGCCCUUAGAGUUUCCUCUAGCAAUGGCUUUUACAGAACAGCUGCUAACGUGGAAGCUAGAGGAUGUGAAUGAGAAAUCUGAAGAUGAUCUUGAUACCAUACCUUCUUCUAUACUUCUGCAAGUGGUGGAGCUGAUAGGAACAUUGCUUUGGACGACCGAUCUGGCAGCAGUGAUGAAGGAGCUGCUCUUUCACCUCCUUGCUGAAUUGCUUCGUAAAAUUCACCAUUUAGAGCAGAAGAAAAACCCUUCAGGUCUGUCAUCUUCAAUAGCCCUUCAGCUGAAUCCAUGUUUGGCAAUGCUUAUGGCACUUCAGACAGAGCUUCGGAAACUGUAUGAUGAGGAAACCCAAAAUUGGGGGUCAGGAAAUGCUUGUGGAGGUUCCGUUCCUGGAGUCAUUGAGCAAGGAAGAUUCUCAACCUAUUUCCAUGCCUUAAUGGAAAUUUGUCUGGCAGUGGCUGAAGUCACACUCCCUAUUAAUAUGAGCUCAGCAGUAAGCGUGAUGUCUUCAACAAAUGCCACAAAUCUAAGUGAUUCCUCAUCUUCCUCUUCAUCAUCUCCUGGUCAAACCCCACAAAGUCCAAGUCUGCUGUCUAAGAGAAAGAAAGUCAAGAUCAAACGUGAGAAGGCAGUGUCAGGAAAGCGUUCAUCCUCACGAGGAGCUGAAAGUGAUACUACUCUUCUUACAUUAGGUGGUAGCAAGCCUGAGGACAUGUUGUGGUUUCACCGGGCGUUGACUCUGUUAAUGAUUCUCAGACACCUCACUAACAAGGACCCACAAGGGCUUGGUGUCACCAAUGACGCCAUUGCUGAUGCCAGUCAGGCCUUAGUUGGUCAGACUGCCCACAACCGCCUGCUUGUGAUUUCUGGAAUCUCUACACAUCUAGAGGAAUCUGUGGUGAGAAGUGCAAUCCGUAAGGCAUGUAACGCUCAUGGUGGAGUCUUUAAAGAUGAAAUCUACAUUCCACUCCAGGAAGCAGAAAUUCCCAAGCCUAAAGAUAGAAUUGAAGGUGCUGAAUGUAAAACAGAAAUUGAUAAACACCCUUCCACUCCCAGUGCAGAGAAUAUGGAUGUCAGCAGUUCGAGCAGCGUAACUCCUGCAGUCAGUGUAACUGCUUCAGUUUCCACUAGUCAGGCUUCCUUGUGCAGUUCACAAGGGGCUUCACAAACCACCAGUGAAAUGUCUGUUGAGCAGUUUCCAGAACUUGCAGUGCCACCUGGUCUUGUGGAACCACAUGGUGUUUCCAGCCAGGAAAGCUUGGAUCUUUCAAUCUGCAGCACAGGGAGUCUUGGCAGUUUGGGAAGUCUUGUGGAACAACUCGACAAUGUGGACACUGCAUCCUUGUCAGAUGGUUCCGUGUACCCAGUCACUGCAUUGGACAACCAAAUGGCAAUGCCACGGCCAAUCAAAGGCUUUGCAGUUGUGGAGGUGCGUUCUCGUGCCAAAAUCGAGAAAAUUCGAGCUAGUCUCUUUAACAGCAGUGAUCUGAUUGGAUUGUCUAUUCUCGAUGGAGAAGAUGAGCUGAUGGAAAUGUCAACAGAGGAGAUCUUGACAGUUUCCACUGUUAAUCAGAGUUUGUUUGAUACCCAAGGGAUCCCUGGUCUGGGGGACUAUUUCUCAGAUAAAUCACUGAAAGUAGAUAAAUUAAUCCCAGAGACUCGAGAAAUUCUCUCUGAUAUAUUCAAGAGUUGCAUUCAAGCUGAGCAAACACUGAGUCUGACUCCAGUCAAGUACAUCAAGGUAUCAGACAUUUAUUUGAGCAAGGAGCAGAUCAAUUCACAGACUCCGGGAAACUUGCUGCAUACCUUUUUUACAAAUGUGCGCCCCCCCAAAAAGGUCCUGGAAGAUCAACUGACACAGAUCUUGCGGAAAUAUGGCAUUCCCAAGCCAAAAUUUGAUAAAAGCAAAUACAGCAAAACUGGCAAAGAGCAGCAUCCAGUGAAGGUGGUGAGCACCAAGCGGCCUGUUGGAAAGCCACCAACAAAGGACAAAGCUGUGCUGAACAGUGUCAGAACUGCAUUAAGUGAGAAGAAACCAACUGUAAAACCAAAAUCUCCUGACAAGAGCAGGCCAGAUGAGAAGGAUUCAGACAAAUCUCCUACUAAAAAGCAAGAAGUUCCUGAAGAGAAGUAUCUGACACUGGAAGGAUUCCACAAGUUUGUAGUUGAUCGAGCCAAACAAGAUGCCCGUAGUAUCUGGAGAUCUAUCCUUGCCUGUGGUUAUGAUCUUCACUAUGAAAGAUGUGCAUGCAUUGAUACUCGGCAUGCCCAAAAAUCUAGCAGGAAGUGGAGCCUGGAAAUGGAUGUUGCCUUGGUACAAUAUAUUAACCGCCUCUGCCGUCACCUUGCAAUAACCCCAGCCCGGUUACAUCCACAUGAAGUCUAUCUAGAUCCAGCAGAUACUGCGGACCCCAGGGUCUCCUGUCUGUUAAAUGUACCAAUAGAAAGUCUCAGGCUCCGCUUUGCCCUGCUUCAGUCUCUGAAUACUACGCUAGAAACCUUCUUCCUGCCUCUUGUGGAGUUACGGCAAACAGACAUGUUUAUGCACAGUAUCGCCUCACUAUUACAGCAAGCCAAAGGCCUCAUCUUCUAUGAUACAAAAGUUACUGUGAUGAAUAGAGUGCUAAAUGCCACCGUGCAGAGGACAGCAGAUCAUGCUGCUCCAGAAAUAAGCCUGGAUCCCCUGGAAAUUGUUGGAGGAGAAGUUCGAACCUCUGAGAACUCUUACUUCUGCCAGGCCGCCCGGCAGCUGGCAUGUGUUCCUUCCUCUCAGUUAUGUGUGAAGCUGGCAAGUGGGGGCGAUCCUACAUAUGCAUUUAACAUCCGCUUCACUGGAGAAGAGGUGCAUGGCACAAGUGGUUCAUUUCGUCAUUUCCUCUGGCAAGUGUGCAAAGAACUUCAGAGCUCCUCAAUGUCCCUUCUAUUGCUGUGUCCCAGCUCUGCAGUUAAUAAGAAUAAGGGCAAACACCUCUUGACCCCAAGUCCAAUCACAUAUGCUGAAGAGCAGCUUCUUCAUUUCCUUGGCCAAUUACUGGGAAUAGCUAUCAGAGCAGAUGUUCCUCUGCCUCUUGAUUUACUUCCCUGCUUUUGGAAAAUGCUAGUAGGGGAACCUUUGGACCCAGAAGUUGACCUCUAUGAAGCGGAUAUUUUGACCCACAACUACAUUAAAAAAAUUGAAAAUAUGAACGAUGAGACCGACCUAGAGUCUCUCUGCACUGAAAUUGCCUCGCAGCAUCUUCCUACUGAAAGCCCAGACUCUCCCAACAAACCGAGCUGUAAAUUUACAUACGUGACCAUGACUGGGGAAGAGGUGGAACUGUGUGCAAAUGGAAGACACAUUCCUGUAAUCUGGGAAAACAAGGAUAUAUAUGCAUCAGGGAUCCGCAGCCUUCGUAUGAGUGAGUUGAAGAACCAGGAGUGCAUGAAUGCAGUACGGGCUGGUUUGGGUUCCAUUAUCCCCUUGCAGCUGCUAAACACACUUACUGCACUAGAAAUGGAGCUCCGAACAUGCGGCCUGCCAUUCAUCAAUCUGGAGUUUCUAAAGGCUCAUACUAUGUACCAAGUGGGUCUCAUGGAAACAGACCAGCAUAUUGAAUUUUUUUGGUCUGCACUGGAAAUGUUUACUCAGGAAGAACUUUGCAAGUUCAUAAAAUUUGCCUGCAAUCAGGAGCGCAUUCCCUUUACCUGCCCAUGUAAAGACGGAGGGCCAGAUACUGCACACGUUCCGCCUUAUCCUAUGAAAAUAGCACCACCUGAUGGAGCAGCAGGUUCACCAGACUCACGAUACAUCCGAGUCGAGACUUGUAUGUUCAUGAUCAAACUUCCGCAAUAUUCCUCUCUUGAGAUAAUGCUAGAAAAAUUAAGGUAUGCCAUUCACUACAGGGAAGACCCCCUCAGCGGCUGAUCUGAAUCUUCUGUAAGAGUUGAGAGUACGAGACCUAGGAUGCAGUCAGUUUGGGACCCGCCACCGCUUACAAACAAAGAACAUUACUUGCUGUGCAGACAGAACUAGGAGAGAGAAGAAACAUAUACCUGAACUUUGUCUUUUGUUCUGCCCAAACCUGCACAUUUAACUUUUGUAUUUGUCAAAUCUUUGGUGGGUUAUUUGCCUUGUUUGUGAAUUGUUUGUAUAAUAAUUUAAGUACCCGUUGUGCAGAUGAGUUACUUUUCCCCUGGAAUGCAAGGAAGAGUUACAAAGUCUUUCAGCUCAACAGGGUUUGUCGAGAAUGAAAAGAAAAUAUUUCUCAGUUAUUUUAUAUUUUGACUGAGGAAAUAUAGGAAAAUGUUAUCUGUAAAUAGGAAUAUUCCUCUCAAUAUAAUUUAAUUAUAAAUUAUUUCCAGAGUACAGGAUUUUAACACACUGGAUAUAGAGCUGUGAAAGGAGAAAUAGGAGAAACGUUGUUAUAUUUUUAUUUGAAUUAUUUUGGAAAGUGCUGUUUACGUUGAAAAGUAUUUAACAAAAAAAAAAACACUGCUCGAUGCAAAGAAUCCCAUAUUCUAUGACCAGAAAUCCAAACCAAACCUCUUUUUGAUUUCAUUAUUUUGGUUCUAUUUUUUAUAUUUAGAUUAAAGAAAUGUAAAAAGUUGCACUUUGAUUUUUUUUUUUGAUUUUUUUUUUAUAUUUACUAAUUGUAAUUGCAUUUUAAAUUUUUUGCUAUCCAGCUCAGUCUCUAAGGCUGCUUUGGGUCCAGCUGAGAGUGAAUUAAUCACAGUACUCACUGAAGAACUUGAAUACGUGGCCUUACAGUGAUGAGAAUUGUAGUGGUGCGCACUGUACAUAAAGGGCUCCGAGUAGCUGUUAGUGGUAGUAAUGACUGUGAAAAAGGAUGUUAUGUGUGUUAUGCCUGGCAACAGCUAAAUUUAAAGCACAGGAUUGUUUGUUUUAUUUAAAAAUUACCCUUCGUGAAUAUUUGAAAUGAUUAGAUAUAUUGCCAUGUAAAAUGGACCGUAGUUUUAAUAGCUAUGGAUAAGGGUCAUACGACAAUACGUUGCAAACCAUGGGUUUUGUGAGCUUUCUGGACAUAGGGGAUACAACCGUAUUAGCAUUAAUAUUGUAUUCUUACACUACAGACAAUAUGGUUUUCCCUUCAAACCGGACCAGCAGUGGAAAGUUACGGAAUAAAGGCGUCCCAGCAAAGUUCCGUGAGCCUUUAGCAGAGACCUGGCUUCUUUAUGUUCUCUAGUAGUAAUUCAAAAAUUAAUUUAAAAAAAUAGCAUUUGACAAUAUAGUUUUCAGAUAUUUGAUGUUUAAAUUGAGAACUGCACUUAGUACAGGGAUUGUCCUUGUGAACUUGUAAGCUCACCUGUCCCUCUUCUAUCAGUAACAUGGCCUUGCUGUUGGUAAGAGUCGGUUUAAGACUAUGCAGUCCCUUAUAACCCAGAAGAGGUGGGCGUAACAUUGAGUGUGUGUGUUAAUCUCAAAUGAGUGAACGAUCACCCAUUCAAAAUCUUGUUCUCGGAGCACAGAUUGGUAAAAGUUUUAAACAAAGGGUAGGAUUUCUACAUGAAAUACUAAAUUUCACAUUUCAAAUAGAAUACUAAUAGAAUGCUCUAAUCAGAUGGUGAAUAUUGAAAUAGGUUAUGAAUAUGUUUCAUUGUGAAAUAUAUAAACCGUCAUGUAUAAAAGUUGCUUCCCACCCUGGGCAAAGCUUUAAUGGCCCACUUAACAGAGUUCCAAAAAUGACAUUUAAGGAAAUAUUAUUCAUAAACAACCUUGUGGGUGACUGCAUUCUUGGCAUAUCAUCUACAUUUUGGAGAAGAUUGCAGAGUUUGUCCUCUCAUGACCUUAUUAACAAUUACAAAUAUACAUACCGUAUAGUCGAACAGUACAAGCUAGAGGGAUAAGGAACAUUUGUAUAGCUGUUGAUAGUUCAUCCCUCUAGCCCUGCCUUUUGCUCACUAAAGUAUUCAGCAUUUAUAGAUUUUGCUUUGUCUAGGUGAGAUUAUUUCAAGACUUGUUACAAUAUACACCAUCAUUUGCCUGCAUAAGAGAUUUUCCACCUUUGACAUGCUUAGGGUGCCAUCCAUAUAACCAGGUGGUUUAGUUUUCCCCAGCGACGAGAUGGUUGCUUUAUAUUGUAUAAAUUUUCAUAGAGGAAAAUUAAAUACCAUUUUAGAUGCUUGGCAUAGUACAAUGGGUGGAUGUACUUUGUAGCUACAAUUUCACUGUUUAACAGAAAAGUUGUGUAUGGACAGAAUUCAGCAAGAGGCAAUGCUACAGGUACAACAAAAGUGAACUUUCUUUUCACAAAUUAGUAAGAGACAUAGAAUAAAUUUAAAAGUUUGUAGUUGUUUCUCAUAAAUAUACUAGGUUUAAUGAAAGGGGAUCUUUGGGCUGCUGCUGCGUUUCUGUAAUUGCCCAUAUGAUACCUAAAAUUAAAGCCUUGCUUGAUGCUCAAGGCAAGAUUUGCACCAAGACUCUCAGCUAACCAAUGCUUUGGCUUGCCUGUUUUAAAAAAAAAAAAAAAAAAAAAAGACACUGAUGUUAAGAGGCACUACAAGAGGUGUGUUCCCCUCCCCCUCCCCAUCUCCGCUCUUCUGUCUGAGAAAAUAUUAACACAUAAGAAAUGGGUUUAAGUGCAACAUAUCUACAUUUUUUGGCCCUAAAGGUGUGCUGUACAGUUGUUGUAUAUUUAUUAAAGUUACUAUGGUUGCAUUUAACAAAGCCUUUUACUCAAAUGCGUUUCCCUUUGUCUGUGUUGGUAUUUAACACACUGCUGUGUAAAUGAAGCAUAUUAAAUAAGGAAAAAUGUCACAAGAAUAAAAACCAUCUGAUUUUGAAUGUC